AUGGUUCCUGCGCCUAGUUGUCCGUUUACAUACGACUACUGGACGACGUCGCCGUCGGACCUCGUAGAACUCACAUGUUUGUUACCAAACUCAGUUUACAUUCCUGUGAGAAUAAAUUGGGAUGCCACUAUCCAGGAUGUCAAAGUGGAUUUGUGGGAGAGGGCCGUCAACUAUCCCUUGUUUGGGAUGUUGCAUGAGAUGUCAAGUUAUGUAUUCCAAUUUGUCAAUUCACUUGCUGUAGCCGAAGAGAUUGAAGAUGAAUCCAAGCGAAUCCGUGAUAUUAAACCUGUAUGUGGUGUAUUUAUCAUUGUGAAAAGAUCUUUUGAAAGGCCCGGAGAACAGUUGUUGAACACACACAUUAGCCAUUUAAUUGGAAAACGUCUAAAUGAAUUCGACAACAUCCGAAGUUCCGAGGUGAACGAUUUUCGAAUGCGGAUGCGGUACUUAGCUGAAGAAAGCCUUAUUAGGCGAGCGCAAAGCACCUGGUUGGAGAGACUGCGAUACCAAUGCCCACCGAGACUUGCAGACCAUAACGAGACACCAACCACACUGAAAAGCCACCUGAAUAACCACUGUUUUAUACUUCUUACUAAGUUUGAUAAUAUAGAGUUCUCCUUCUCCUCAAGCGUGCCUGCAUCUCGGACACCACAACAGCACAUUGACGUCAUCCUGCACAAGUUUGCUAAAACCCUCAACAUGCGAGUGGAAAAACCAAACAAUUAUGUCCUCAAGGUUUGCGGAAGAGAAGAGUAUCUGUUUGGCGAUUACCCUCUCAUCCAGUUCCUCUACAUCCAGGAGAUGUUAUCCACUGAUGGAGUGCCACAAGUCAUGCCUAUGGAAAUGAGCCAGUUGAUGCUUACUCCAAAACGCGAACGGCCUUACCCAUACUGCUUGCCAGAACGUCGACGGCUGACUUCAGAUCACUCUAAUACUAUGAGAAAGAAGAAAAAUGAAUCUUCGUGGAAUAUAAAUAAGGAUUACUCCUGUAUUGUACAGAGCGUCAGUAAUCUCAACGUGGAUGCCAGUCGGCUUAGUGUUGAGGUUGUUUGCCAAGCUGGUAUUUUUCACGGUGGCAAAGCGCUCUGCGAGACACAGAAGACCAGGGCAGUAGUCGUCUCGAGUGAUGGAGUUGCUCAAUGGGACCAAGAGCUCACAUUCCCAAUCAAAGUGUACAAUUUGCCAAGAAUGAGUAGAGUGUGUUUUGGUGUGUACGAGAUAACUAAAAGCAAGGGAAAGAGAAGAGGGAAAGACGCUAAUAAGGAUGGUAUAAACCGCUUGACGUGGGCAAACACAAUGAUAUUUGACUACAAAGAGCAGUUACGAACUGACGGUGUGAUGUUGUCCAUGUGGACUCACGUCGCGGACGACACGCAGGGUGACGACCUGGUGCUCCAUCCCUUGGGUACCAUCGUCUCAAACCCCAACACGGACUCGUGUGCGGCUUUACAGGUUAAAUUUUCCAAUUACGACUGUCAAAUCCCAGUGCUGUUUCCUAAAGAAGAAACUAUAAACGCAUACUCCGAGCAUAUAGAGAGUGUUUCCCCCGAUUUCACGGAAAGACUGGGUAGAGAUUACGAGCAGUUACGGGCCACGGCCGGAAAGGACCCGAUGUAUGAAAUGCACGAACAGGAAAAGAAAGCCAUUUGGGCCUCCAGGGAGCGGUUCCGCACGGAGGCGCCGGAGCUGCUGCCCAAGCUGCUGUCGUGCGUGGAGUGGGGCGAGCGCGGCGAGGCGGCCAGCGUGCGCCGCAUCCUGGCGGACUGGCCGCUGCUGCGCGUCGAGUCCGCGCUCGAGCUGCUCGACUACGCCUACGCCGACUGCGCCGUGCGCAGCUUCGCCGUCAAGUGUCUCAGCAAGAUUAGCGAUAAUGAUCUCCUCCUCUACCUACUUCAGUUGGUACAAGCUUUAAAACACGAGUCAUAUUUGAUGUGCGAUCUCUCUAUAUUUCUCCUGAAGAGAGCAUUCAAAAACAUGACUAUUGGACACUACCUCUUUUGGCAUUUAAGAUCUGAAAUGCACGUGCCAUCAGUGUCGGUCCGCUUCGGCUUGCUACUGGAAGCAUACUGUCGCGGCUGCCAGGAUCAUAUCAAUAGUUUCACCAAACAGAUCUCCUGUCUCGACAAGCUCAAAUGGGCGAGUGAACGCGUGAAACAGAAGAAAGAAAUCCGCCAAGCUCGUGCGUUGCUCAUAGAGCACUUGCAGGAGAAGCACUGCGAGGAAACGCUCCACGAUUUCGUGUCGCCGCUAAACCCUACAUUUGUGUGUAAAAGUAUAAAGCCCAGGUCGUGUCGAGUUAUGGACAGUAAAAUGCGACCUCUUUUGUUAGAAUUUGAGAAUGUAGACUCCAUGGGGUCAGACAUUCGCAUCAUAUUAAAGAUCGGUGAUGAUCUAAGACAGGAUAUGUUUACACUACAAAUGCUGCGCAUCAUGGAUCGGCUGUGGAAGAAUCACGGUUAUGAUUUUAGACUGAACCCAUACAACUGUAUAUCCAUGGACUACAUGAUGGGUAUGAUCGAGGUGGUAGAGGACUCUGAGACAGUCGCUAACAUUCAGAAGCAGAGUGCUCUGUUCAACGCCGCCUCCACUAUGAAUAGGUCUACGUUAUUACAAUGGAUACGCAAAAACACGGAGAACAAUGAGGCGGCGUUUAACAAGGCCGUGGACGAGUUCACGAUGAGCUGCGCCGGCUACUGCGUGGCCACCUACGUGCUCGGCAUCGCCGACCGACACCCAGACAACAUCAUGGUCAAGAGGAGUGGACAGCUAUUUCACAUUGACUUCGGUCACUUCCUGGGCCAUUUCAAACAGAAGUAUGGAUUCAAACGAGAGCGAGUACCGUUCGUUCUAACUCAUGAUUUUAUUCAUGUCAUCAACAAGGGACAGAAAGGCUCCGGCGACAACUUGCCCAUUGACUUCAAGAUAUUCAGGGAGCAUUGUGAAACGGCUUUCAAAAUUCUUCGUAAGCAUGGGCAUCUGAUCCUAUCGUUGUUCUCCAUGAUGAUCUCAACCGGUCUACCUGAACUUAGUUCAGAAAAAGACCUGCAGUAUUUGCGCGAAACUCUAGUAAUGGAUUUAUCUGAAGAAAAAGCAAUGGAACAUUUCCGUCAGAAGUUCAACGAGGCCAUGAAGAAUUCGUGGACGACAUCCUUCAACUGGGCGAUACACAACUUCGACAAGAAUAACUGA